AUGGCUUCCGAGCCCACAGAACCCGCUCCUUUACAGUGGUCCGCGCAGUUCGACGUCGCCGUGCCGUCCAAAUCGCGACAACUUCCUGGCGACAAGCUCCUACUUCCGGCUUCCGCUCUCGAACAGCUGCUAGCAGCCGCGCCUACGGUCUCGGCGCAGUCCUCCUCGAAUCAGCCGCAUACGUCCACUUUCGAUCCUUUCAACCCCCACACCUUCGCUGCUGAGCGUCACGCGCGUGAGCUGCAGUACCAGGACCGUGUCCAGCAGCUACCACAUCCUCUUACCUUUCGACUAGUCAACCCCGACAAUGGAAAAGCGGCAUAUGCUGGCAUUCGGGAGUUCUCUGCCGACGAAGGCGAGGUCGUGUUGAGCAAGUUCCUGAGAGAAUCACUCGGUGUUGAGUCAGAUGGCGAAGCGGAUAGCUGGCCUUCUAGUGGGAACACCAGCGACGAGGAUACCACCAUGGCAAAUGGCGCAGGAGCCAUUGCGGUAAACGAUAGAGACAGGCCAAGGAUCACGGUACACGCCAAUCAACUUCCCAAAGGCACGUUUGUAAAACUUCGCCCACUGGAGGCCGGUUAUGAUCCUGCGGACUGGAAAUCCCUUCUGGAGCAACACAUGCGUGCGAAUUUCACGACGUUGACGAAUGGCGAGAUAUUAGUGAUACCCGGGGGUCGUGGCGUUGGAGGCAAAAGAGAAGAGUUCAGAUUUCUAAUUGAUGGCUUCAAGCCGGAAGGGGACGGGGUGUGUGUGGUGGAUACAGACUUGGAAGUGGACAUUGAAGCUUUGAAUGAAGAACAAGCAAGAGAGACGCUCAAGAAGAUUGCGGCAAAAGCACAGAAAGCACCGGGAACAACAGAAGGCAGUUCAACAGGCGGAAAACUGAACCUGUUGAAGGCUGAACCCGGCCAGGUCCUAGACGGCGAAUACGUGGAUUACGAGAUACCUUCAUGGAUACGAGCCCAAGGCGUUGAAAUCGAGCUCAGCGAGGUGGCCGAGGAGGAUGAGCUUGAUCUAUACGUCAGCCCAUUUGGACCUCGACAACGCACUAGGCCACGUGCUGAGGAGCAUGUCUUUGCAGACGUGUCUAGCACAUAUCCCAAGCGGGUGAGGUUGCGACCGACCAAUGUGGAGCUGGAAGAUGCCGAAUCGUUGUGGGUUUCCAUCCACGCCUAUGCCCCUGAGAAUACGUCUGGAACAAGAUCUCCCAAGACGUAUCAGAUUCGCGCUAUACCUUUCGAUCCCCAGGAGGAUACCUCUCAGGAUUCUACGACAUCGGACACUGUUCCUCCAAAUCCUGGUGAUGUACAGUGCAAAAAUUGUCAGCAGUGGGUCCCGGAACGAAGCUUGUUUCUUCAUGAGAACUUCUGCUUGAGGAAUAAUACAGUCUGUCCAAAAGGCUGCGGUCAAGUCUUCCAAAAACGCUCAGAAGCUUUCCAGAAUCACUGGCACUGCCCGCAUGACACGUUUCAUGGCAAUACGGCUCUCAGUCAUUCCAAACACGAUGCCAUGUUCCACCAGUCUUAUACCUGUGACAGCUGCGAUCGCACAUUCACUUCUCUUGCCCAGCUAUCACACCACAAGACAACGGUUUGCCCUGGAAAGCAUAUCCUCUGCCAGUUCUGCCAUCUCGAAGUUCCACAAGAGGGCAAUCCGGAUGAACCGAACCCGGAAGCCCUCCUUUCAAAUCUCACACCACACGAACUCGCCGAUGGCGGAAGGACGACUGAAUGUCAUCUUUGCAACAAGAUCAUUCGGCUCCGCGAUAUGGCCACUCAUUCUAAGCAUCACGAGUUCGAGAAGCUCAGCCGUCCUGCCCCACGCAUCUGCCGUAACGUCAACUGUGGCCGAACGCUUGAUGGCACCAGCAAGACGGGCGACACACGCGUUGCGACCAAACUGGGUCUGUCUCAAGGUCCGGACAAUGAUCUUGGGCUCUGUGGCGUGUGUUUUGGACCGCUCUAUGUCAGCAUGUAUGAUCCGGAGGGCAAGGCUUUGCGGAGACGGGUCGAACGCAGAUAUCUCACGCAGUUGACGAAGGGCUGUGGGAAAGAAUGGUGUCGUAAUGAGAUGUGCCAAAGUGGUCGUCAAAACCAAGGCACUAAGCCGGCAGGGUUAUCAAUGAAGGAAGCCUUGCCACUGAUCAAACCGUUGCUAGAAAAGCUACAGGUGAGAGAUGGAGAGACCCCAGAGACCCUGGUACAUUUCUGUACGGACGAGUCCAGUCAGAAGAGGAGAAAUCUGGCAGAGAUGUUGGCAGCAGAGGAAGAUGUAACUGGCAAAGGCGGUUAUGCAUUGGAGUGGUGUGUUGCCGCAAUGGAGGCGCAAGGAGGGGAUUUGCAGAAAGGGAGGGAAUGGUUGAAGGGAUGGGCACCGCAGAGAAAUGAAGCAAGAUGA